GUCCAUCCGUCAGCCCUUCGUUGGGGUCGGUUUCGAGUCGAAGUUGAGGUUCAUGACAUGCUUUGAUGGUUAAGCACCGUGAGUGAACAAGGCAUUGUCAUCGUCGUCUCUUCUCUUUCCCCCCACCAUUUGAGCCACGUCGAAAUGGCAUCAUGACCAUCUCACCACGCUCAAGGACCUUGUGAUCCUUCGGCCCUCUUUACUUGUCCCAUGGCCUUACUGUGCUCCGUUUAUGCCUCUUCAGUAAAUACAUACGGACAAACCCAGAAUCGGGCAUCGGAAAUGCGGCCUGGUAGCCUCCACAUUUAUGAGGAGAAAUCUGAUUUAAAAAAAGAAAAAAGAAAAAAGAGAGAGAGAGAGAGAGACAUUCCUCACGACGGUGACGUCGGCUGGAUCUGCUCCGUAUGGAAAUGAAAAGCGAUCUUCUUUACUCCGUGCGUGGAUGUCCAAUCUAGGUUGGUCAAUUAUCGGUGCAAGCUCCGACCGGGGAUACGGACAAUGCAUUGUGGUUGCCCGAGGGAAACGAUUGCAACGCCGGAACUGCUAGGCAGGGGACCGUCUGCAAGCUCGGUACGGAGCACAUUCUCUGAAAGGUCGAUAUGCCAGAUUCUUUACGGAUUCUCGUUAGGACUUCAAAACUCCGCUCACCAAGCACAGCUGAUGCCCACCCUCCAUGGCAGCACCAGCCGCCGACCGGAGUGGAAUAUUCAAUCAGCAUGCUCAAUUCAUAUUUAUAUUACCUAUCAGUGAUUCCUCAAGAUCCUAUGUUUGCAGUCGAUCCCUUGCUCGAGUUCAAAAACCGCCAGUCUGACGGUCGGUCGGCGGUGGGUUAUUCAAGCCCAAACACUCGAUUGGGGUUGCGCAGUAAGUGAUCGAUUCCAAGGUGUUCCCGGAGCACAAACAAUCCACAGGCAGCUGGAAGCGCAUGAUUAAACCCAUAUAUGGAGUGAUGUCGUGAAGAUCCUAUCGGCAAGUAAUCUCCAUCCUUACCACAAGUCGCCCUUCACUCCAUAGCCAUGGCGAACAGGACUCCUUUUCCCUUCCUCGCGUGCCCAGCGGUUUUAUUGAGUCGUAUGACUGCAUUGAAGGUCCAAUUAAUCAAACCCAGCUGGCGGUGCUUUUCAACCUGAUUCGUCUUUCAGGGCAUGGGAUCCGUGUCUAUUCAAGGCUGAUCUCCAGCGCCACUGCCUCGAAGCUGCUGUCCGGUCCGAGCGCGGGAGAUUUUCCAGAAGACACGAUGAAACUUUAGAUAUGGUUUCCUUGGCUGUGAGUGGCCCUUUCCAAGUACUGCCAAGAUGGCAACAGGGCACCGAGGGAUUGUGAAUCCUGGUCGUGCGCAGAUCUUUCAUUAAUGAUUGGCACCACCCAUCAAUUGUCGGAAAACGGUGAAGCAAGGAUGGAACAGACGACUAUGGCCUCUUCUGUUUAUCAAAACCUUCUCUACGGAGUACCGCCUCAAGUUAGUUUUUAGUGGUUGUUUCAAGGCCCAAGCAGAAAUUCAACCGAAGACAUGUCAAACGUGAACAAAAUUUAAAAUUGCAACGCUGCUCAUGCCGGCAACGAGCGGUCUCGUACUUACGCGCACUCUAGAUCGGCUCCGACCGGUUUUUGAAGCACUCGGCACGUUUCCACCAUUCCAACUGAAAUAUCGGGUCUUCCAAUUCCCCUUUUGCUAUCAGUUCCUGCUGAUGCUCAUUUACAGAAUAUAUUCUUCUUGGUGCAAAAGAUUUUGUGGGAAAUUUUCACUGCACGAGUUCUUUCAACCGUGGGCGCACCUUGGACCUCCCGUCAUCAUCCCCGAAACUAGCCUUGAAUAUCUGGGGCCGAAAUGGUGUAUUUGCGGGGUUUGAGUUUUUGCCCACUUUGAGUGCCUUGUGUCUUUUGGUCACAAGGACUUGCUAAAUCGUCGCUUAUCAAGUGAGCAUGGUUGAACCUGGCUUCCAUUGUAUCCACCCAAAGUGCUGGAUGUCAUGGGUCUUGAGUGCUCGAAGAGGACCUUUCGAGGCAAAAGACGUCCGCCAAGCGAAGCUAUUUCUCCAUUUUUAAGACUCUCCGCUCCUUUCCGAGUCCAUGAGAGAAUGUUCUUAUCAAACGUCCCUUGCUUCGGACGUUGCCCAGGAAUGGUAUAUAUCUCCCAAGAUCCCCAUUCCUUGUGACAUCCGGAUUCUCAAAACAAGAGAAGAUUAGCAGUCCGCUUAUCGUCAUGCGCCUCUUUCAAAGCACUUGCGUCCUUGUGGGGACUGUUCUUCCCCUUUUCACAGCCUUCCCGAUCUCGUCGCCCCGCGAGAUUGAAAUAAUCCCCGACAAGUACAUCAUCACUUUCAAGAAGGGCAUCGACCAGGCUGCAAUUGAAGCUCAUACAGCAUGGGUAUCUUCUGUACAGGCACGGAACACCGCCCGCGGUUUUACAACCGCUGAGACCCCAGGGCUUGAAAGAAUGUUUAGCAUUCAUAACUUCAAUGCCUAUUCCGGAUCUUUUGAUCGGGAAACUAUUGAGGAGAUCAGGUCUCAUCCAAAUGUCGAAUCUGUCGAGCCAGACAGCAUGGCCUACGUCACUGAGCUGAUUGAACAGAGAAACGCCACCUACGGACCCAGGCGCAUUUCGCACCGCGAAAUCCCAACGGGAGACAACAGCUAUUGGUAUGAUAGCAAGGCUGGAGAAGGAUCGUUUGUGUAUAUUAUGGACACCGGCAUCAACAAAGCCCACGUGGAUUUCGAGGGGCGUGCCAUUCCCGGUGUCAACCUUCACGACGUCGCGUUUGAUGACACCCAUGGUCACGGGUCGCACUGCGCCGGUAUCGCCGGUUCAAAGACAUACGGGGUCGCUAAGAAAGCGACCAUUGUCGAUGUCAAGGUCUUCACUCGCGGCGGGGGCGCUUGGAGUUUGCUCAUGGGCGGCCUUGAUUGGUCGGUUAAAAACAUCACUGGGGAAGACAGACAGGCAAAAUCAGCGGUCAGCAUUAGUAUCAGCGGUCCUACUAAUCAAGCGAUGAACAACGCUGUCAAAGCCGCAGUCGAGGCCGGGGUUACAGUGGUAGUUGCAUCUGGAAACGACGGAAGAGAUGCUGGUCGCAACAGUCCCGGAAGCGCCCCUGAAUCCAUCACUGUCGGGUCCAUCAAUUCUCGUAGAGGGAUGGACACACGCUCCAGUUUCUCUAACUAUGGAUCUUCUGUCGCCAUUCACGCCCCUGGUGAAGGCAUCAUCUCUACAUAUAAGGGAUCUCGUGAUGCCACCGCUAACAUGUCCGGAACUUCGAUGGCAGCUCCACACGUUGCCGGCCUCAUUGCUUAUCUGCAGAGUAUCCAUGACCUCCCAGACCCAGCUGCUGCUCGCAGAAAACUCCUUGAGCUGGCUACUAGUGAUAAGAUCCAAGAUGUACGCGGAAGCGCGAACAAACUCGCCUACAACGGCAGUGGCAAAUAACUGGCCCUUUAAUUGUGGCCGGUGAUGCUCCUCCUGGGUGACUUCCGUGUGGUGCGAUGCCACAUUCACCCUAGUAUUGGAAUAUCGGGAGAGCUGCGUACUCACGUAAAUGUCAAUCUUUAGCAUUUGCUUUCGCUGUAAAUAUGACCAGAUUAGAUUAUAUAUGAUAUUCCGUGUGGGUUAUGCAGAUUGAGUGACGCAAAUCUAUUUUGUGUGAAAAUUAUUAACUUUUACAAAGCCAUAUCAUCUUGGCUGCGCAAACAACCAUUAGCUUCCGGUGCUGGUACAUGUGUAAUAUUAAGCAUUGCGGAAAGAAAGAGAUAGGGAUAUGACUCGAAAGUGAGCAAUUGCUG